UUUUUUAAAUAUCUUAACAAUAAAGUGAAUAUUUACAAUUUUAGAAACAUUAAUCCAUAUAAAAGUGUUUAGUAGACGUGCACACACACAUUUUAUUAAAUUAGCCACAUCAAAGUAAAAAACCAAAUAACAUUGUACACGCGUUGUGGCGUCAAACAUCUCGUUACGCAUGCUUAAUGUGGAAUCGAAAUAAAUUACAAGUGUUUUAGCCUUCGCGCGCAGAGUUGGUAAUAUAUCAAAUUUGAAAACCAGCUGCAACAACAAAAGUGUAUAUACAAGUAAAUAACAGCAAUUAACAACAACUAACAAACUACAACAGCGACGGCAGAAGCAGCAGCAGCAGCAGCUGAGAGCUGAAUUACUAUUCAUCGCCUCGCAGUCUUGUUAUCCAUCCAGUAGUCGAACCCACUUUCGGCAUAUACACGUAUGUAUGUGUAUGUAUAUAUGUAUGUACGUAUACAUAGUGUAUGCUCAAACAUCGCGUCUAACUAUAGCACAGAUCAGGCUAAAAAUAGCCCAAACAUUGACAGCAGCGCCAAGAAACCACAACAAGGAAUUCGUUGGCAAACAAAGUUGCAGAUUGUUACUUUUUAAUUGCAUACACACUCGUUCAUACCGAGCAGAAUAGGCGGGCAGUGGGACUCUAAGCCGCCUCAACCACCACAACUGCACACGAAACGACGACAAUCACUCGCGCUCUGUGGCUAGCUGUUGCUGGACGUUUGCUGAAGAUAGUCACCGCCGCCGCCGCGGUUAUUGUGGGCUAAGUCGUGGGCAAACAAAGAAAAAUUUAAAAAAAACUAGUUAUUUGCAGUGUUAAUCGCAACAAACAUAAACAAGAAAAAAAUCCCAACAUCACCGAUAUCAUCAGCAGCAGCAAACAACCAAAUACCCUGAAAUCGAGCAUAGAUUUAAACAAAACUACAAGGCUCUAGCAAAAGAUGAAGUUUCCAGAACAGACCUUAAGUUUUCCUAAUCUGCUAUGCCUUAGCUUUGUUGUGAUCAGUCUUGUAUUUUGCGUGGAACUAUCGCCGCAUUGUACAGAAGCUCUACCACUGCUGCCCGGUGGCAGCACCGAAGUAGAGUUUAAACGCUACUGCAGUACGAAUCUCUCAGAUGCUAUACGUCUAAUAUGCGGCGGACGUUACUAUUCACUGUCGCGAAAGUUUCCCGAUAGUGUAGGCAUGGCACAAGUAUCCAGCCUGAAGCGAUUGGCUGGCGAGGAUGGCGAAUAUCGGCAACCUUUUCAAGGCGCCAUACACGAAUGUUGUCGGCGUCCUUGCGGAUAUUCGGAGCUCAAGUCUUAUUGUGAUCCCGAUUACUGAUCUUCGUUUAGCUAAAACUCAGAAACUCUUAUGAGUUGCUCACACGCGAAAUUUAAUUCAUUUAAAUAUGUAUUAGCCAUAACCUCAUGCAUUUGAAUCAUACGAAUUUGUUUUAACGAUAUUAAAUUUUAAUGGUAAAGAAAGUCUUAAAAUUUAUUAUUACAUUAGUUUAAGAAGUGAAUAUCUAAUAUUUAAAUAUUAGUUACUUAUACUUACAUACAAUACAUACAUACAUACAUACAUACAUACAAACACACAUGCAAACAUGCAUGCUUACAAAUAUGCGAACAAUGAAUGGUGGAUAUGCAUAUGUAUGUAUGUAAGUGUAUGUAGAAAAAACGGAAGAAGUUAAAGGUUGAUAAUGCGACCCAUGUGAUAUAUGUACGUGAAGUUAAAUUAUUAUUGUAAAACAAUGAGGAAAACAACAAACAAAGACAAUUAAUUGACAAUGCGUGAUCUGUUACCAACUGAUUGGACUUUGUUUUCUCAUGCAUACAUACACACAAAUAUAAUAUAUACAACUACAAUUUAUACACGUAUGUAUGCAUGGAUUUAAGAGUAUAUUGAAAAUGUGGCUUGUGCUGUUUACAAAUUUUAUAUAACGAGUAUUUGUUGAGGUUAACGAAUAAAUUAAUUGUUUUGUUUUAUUUCUACUCAAACACAUUUAUUUCUAGUUAAAUUGAUUUUAGUCGAAUUUAGGAAAAGCAACGUACAGAAACGAAGGAGUUUAUAGUUAGUAAAUCAUUUAUCAAUUAUAAAAUAAUAUUAUUGUACUUUACCUAACUCGCUGUAUAACUAAAUUAAAUA